AUGUUUCUUCACCGUGUGUUGUAUGUGGUGGCGUUACUUGUGAGCAUUAUCUCUUUAUGUGUAGCGGCUGAUAGUCCUGACCUGUCUUCAGGUGAAGUUGGUGAUAAUACAUGCCCUGCUGAUGGUAGUAAGUCAACUGACCCUAAGUGUCCUAAUUCUGCUAAAGGUGCAAAAGGUGAGCCUGGUCCUGACGGUCCUGCUGGGAGGCCAGGUGAACAGGGUCCACCUGGACCUCCUGGUGAGAAAGUUCAUACUGUUUCUACUGUUAAAGAACCCCAAGACCGUCUUUCUCCUGAAAACGGUAGGGGAGUUCAAGAAACUGCCGCUCUUGGUACCACUACUGUUGUUAGAUCUUCACAAGCACUUUCUUCUGCUUCACCUUCUGGUACCCCUUCACUUCCAACGUCUGCUUCGACUGGUAAUUUGGUUACUACUGGUUCUGUUGGCCCUGGUAGUCGUGUUACCAGUGGAUCAGGUAAUGGUUCUGAUGUUGAUGCACGGAGUGAAGAUCAACAUGGACCAGGGGACAUUGGUGAUUCUGGUGAAAAGGGUGCUGGUGUUAAACCAGCUGCUCCUGCUACUGAGGCUGGGAAUAAUGCUGCGCCUGCAGUUAACAGUCAAAAUGGAAACAACGACAACAGUGCAUCCAGUGAAAGUACAGAUAACACGAGUGAUGCCGUGACACCAUCAUCUUCCACUUCCAGUAGUACAGAGUCACAAAGCGAUGGAGCAUCUGAAACCACAACGACAGGAAACGACACUACACCUGCAGAGAGUGAAUCAUUAAACAACCAAAAUGAGGGAGAAAAUACAGAAUCAACCACCACCACCAACACCACAACAACAACAACAACACUUCCUCCUGAACUCACAAACAACAAGAAGGGUGAUGCAGACAGCAGCAGCAGUAUCAGCAGUUCUGUGUGGGUGCGUGUACCACUACUGAUUGUGGUUACACUGGCCUGUAUUCUUGUGUGCUGA